AUGUCGGAGGCUGACCCAUCAUCUGGAUUUGCAGCCAGUGUGGAGAAUGGAACUUUCCUGGAGCUGUUUCCCACAUCGCUGUCCACGUCGGUGGACUCGUCCUCCGGCCACCUGUCCAAUGUCUACAUCUAUGUCUCCAUAUUCCUCAGCCUCCUGGCUUUCCUGCUUCUGCUGCUGAUCAUCGCUCUCCAGAGGCUGAAGAACAUCAUCUCCUCCAGCUCCUCCUACCCGGAGUAUCCUAGUGACGCUGGGAGUUCUUUCACCAACCUAGAAGUGUGUAGUAUCUCCUCUCAGAGGUCGACAUUUUCAAACCUCUCAUCCUGA